AUGAUUGCGGACAAGUAGACUUUAAACACUAAACAAUAGAUUUUACUUGAAGUCAGUUAAAUUAUUAUAAUUCAUAGUUUACAAAACUAUUUCUAAGUUUCUUAAAUCAGCAAAUUACACAUAAAUUUGAGCGAGGCACGCUUUGUACUUUGGAUUAUUUGGGUAUCUCUUGAUUAAUAUCAUCAAAAUCUUUUCAGCCUUUUUACUUUCUUUUAUAUUGAUAUAUUCUAAGACAAGGACCAUAAGUAUUACUUAAACAAGCCAAGUACUUUUGGUGUUUUAGCAAAAUUCUAUCAGUUCCUAUUCAAUUUCCAAAAUAUUUUUAGCUUUUGA